GGUAGCAGCGGGAGCUGCACUGGCCAGGGGUUCCGGCUGCAUUUCCAUGAGCGCCGCGGAACUGCAGGAACCGGACCGGGGACAAGCUGGGCCUCUGGAGUUAACCACGCACAGCUUUCAGGUAAAUCUGAAUACGAGAUCUGACCUGACCGGCCCCGCUGUACAGCGUCUCAAGGACAGUCACUGUUCCCGUUAGAGACGGACGAAGAACAUAGAUCAAGAUGAAUGCCAUGCUGGAGACCUCCGAGCUGCCGGCCGUGUUUGACGGGGUGAAGCUGGCGGCAGUGGCCGCCGUGCUGUAUGUGAUCGUCCGCUGUUUGAAUCUGAAGAGCCCCACCGCCCCGCCUGACCUCUACUUCCAGGACUCGGGGCUCUCGAGGUUUCUGCUCAAGUCCUGUCCUCUUCUGACCAAAGAAUACAUUCCACCGUUGAUCUGGGGGAAAAGCGGACACAUCCAAACAGCCUUGUAUGGGAAGAUGGGAAGGGUGAGGUCGCCACACCCGUAUGGGCAGCGGAAGUUCAUCACCAUGUCCGAUGGAGCCACUUCGACCUUCGACCUCUUCGAGCCCUUGGCUGAGCAUUGUGUUGGAGAUGACAUCACCAUGGUCAUCUGCCCUGGAAUUGCCAAUCACAGCGAGAAGCAGUACAUCCGAACCUUUGUUGACUAUGCCCAGAAAAAUGGCUACCGGUGCGCCGUGCUCAACCACCUGGGCGCCCUGCCCAACAUUGAACUGACCUCGCCACGCAUGUUCACCUAUGGUUGCACCUGGGAAUUUGGAGCCAUGGUGAACUACAUCAAGAAGACAUACCCCCUGACCCAGCUGGUCGUUGUGGGCUUUAGCCUGGGUGGCAACAUCGUGUGCAAAUACUUGGGGGAGACGCAAGCAAACCAAGAAAAUGUCCUAUGCUGCGUCAGCGUGUGCCAGGGGUACAGCGCGCUGAGGGCCCAGGAGACCUUCAUGCAGUGGGACCAGUGCCGGCGCUUUUACAACUUCCUCAUGGCCGACAACAUGAAGAAGAUCAUCCUCUCGCACAGACAAGCUCUUUUUGGAGACCAUGUGAAGAAGCCUCAGAGCCUGGAGGACUCGGACUUGAGCCGCCUCUACAUGGCCACGUCCCUGAUGCAGAUCGAUGACAACGUGAUGAGGAAGUUUCAUGGCUACAACUCCCUGAAGGAGUAUUACGAGGAAGAGAGCUGCAUGCGGUACCUGCACAGGAUUUAUGUGCCUCUCAUGCUGGUUAAUGCAGCCGAUGACCCCUUGGUACAUGAAAGUCUUCUAACCAUUCCAAAAUCUCUUUCAGAGAAACGGGAGAACGUCAUGUUCGUGCUGCCUCUGCACGGGGGCCACCUGGGCUUCUUCGAGGGCUCCGUGCUGUUCCCCGAGCCGCUGACGUGGAUGGAUAAGCUGGUGGUGGAGUACGCCGACGCCGUCUGCCAGUGGGAGCGCAGCAAGCUGCAGUGCUCCGACGCCGAGCAGGGGGAGGCGGCGCUGGAGUGAGGGCGCCCUGCCGCCCUCCCCGGGACGGGCCUCCUCGCCACCGCUUCAGGUCUCCCCUCCCUCAGUGACCUGGACCCAACCUCACACCGUCAGCGGGCCCCACACGCCUGUCUGGGUGGGCGGCUGUCCCUGGGAGCGCCAGGCUAUUUUUGUGCUUAGUUACUGGUUUUCUCCAUUGCAUUGUUAGCCGUGGUGACAGGCGGCAGGCUGCUCACCCUCCUGUCCAGUUUCAGCAUCACCAUCAUUGCUCUUAAGCCAAUUACAUCUAGUUUCCCUAUGAAAACUGUGUCAGAACAGCAGUUUUGCUUUGCCGGUCAAAAGGCUUUCCCCCAAGAACAGUGAAGGAUGUCUGUUAUUUUGUGGUGGUCGGACGUGUCCUUGUGUAGACCUGGAAAGCGCUCACAACCUAGACCCUGCCGAGAUGCAGGUCAGCUCUGGAGCCUGGGGACCUGGCCUGCCCGGCCACAGUGUGGCUUCUUACAUGGCAGAAAAACUCCCUGAGUUACAAGCCAGGUUCCUCCCUCGCUGUCUCCUGGUUCCCUGCACGUGCUGGUGAUGAGAGUGACCGGGGCGCUUGUCAACACUGAGCCUCCCAGGCCCCUCCCCGUGGAGAAGCUGAUUCCGUGGGUCUGGGAAGGGUCUGGGGAUUUUCAUUUCUGACAAGUGCCCCUGGUAGUUCUCAUCACCAGGCAAAUUUGGGAAGGACUGUCCUGCAAGGCCUUCAAUGUAGAAACAUCUUGGCAGCUCGUUUUAUGACGAUGUGUGGUCAGAGGUGUCACCUGGCCCCAGAGCAGCUGCCCCUUGCGGCCAGCGUGAUGGCCUGGACAGGACCUGAGCUGCACCGGCCCUGCUUCUCACUGACUCUAGGACCCCGGAAGUCCCUUGUACAUGAGUUUCUCCACCUGUAAAAUGGGGGUCUUGGACCAGGUAGAUUGCUGAGAUCUACUGGUCCUAAAGUUCAAUGACAAGCUCACUUUGCUGAGGUUUGAGAGAACGUCCCUCCAGGGCGCCUGGAGCUGCCCUCCCAGUCUAAACAUGUACCUGUCCUCCCUGCCUGCCUCCUCUGUUUCCUUUUGUUGUUGCUCCUCGUUUCAUAGAAAGAAGUUUGUGGGGGUUUUGUUUUAUUAUUUGUAAUUCUGUCUUUUAACCCAGGUCUCUCUAACUCUGGUUUUUGAUACCAAACAGUUCAAAAGUUGGACCUGAGUUGGGAGAAAGCUCUUUCCAAGUGAAGCGGGUGUUGUUUCGAAAGCAGUUUUUCAAUUUAAUAGCCUGUUGCAGCCUGUCGGAGAGUCUUUCCAAAGGGUGUCUUCUCAAAUGAAAACGUCACUCUAAGUUUCAAGUACUUCUUUCCUCCAGUCCUGUAGUACUUGACUAUCUAAAAACCCUGCACUUUGAAAAAUCAGCAGUCGCUAUGCAGAACUGAAUGGGACCAUGCGCAAAGCUGCCUAGAUGCUUCAGAACUGUUCUGUUUCAUCUCCUUUGCUCCGGGGCAGACAGGAGUGGGAAAAGAGGGUCUGUGUCGUCGUUCAGGGCGUCGAGGGAGGCACUGGGGCUUGGAUGCCAACCCUUACGGCCACAGGUGGAUGUGGGGUGGAUGUUGACCCCAGUGGCUCCGACAGUAACGUCUGUCCCCUGGAGAGAUCAUUUGCUGACAAUCGCUAGAUCGUCCUAACAAAUAGCAUCAAUGACAGCCAUUCUCUGCAAAGAUUAGGAUGUCUGUGAUCUGAACUUUGCUUUGGUUUAUACUUACACCAAAUUCGUUGUCACGACUUUUCCCUCAAGUAGCUGUUCCAUGUUCCAGCACAAGGGGCACUGUCUUCUCCCUCAGCUGGAAAGCUAGUCCUCCCGUCACUUGCCCGACAGCCACCGCUGUGUUCUAGGAGACCCGCGGUCAUAUUCCCCACAGCUCCCUUCAUUUCUUAAGCCUUUUUGUGGAAUUGGGUAAACGAAGCAAUAACUUCAUGGAUUUGUAUGACCAUCCCAGGAAGCAAGAGGCUUCUUCUCAUUUGCCUCGGGUCAUCUCGAGAGAGAAAGUGGUGGCCGGCUACCACCUUUGUUCAGGAGGAAAAAGACAGUCCUGUUGCCACACUCCAGGGUGCAGGGGACAGAAGUCCUUGGAGCCUGGUGUGCAGGGCAGAAAGACCCAGGUGUCCCAUGGGGGAGAGGCAGGGUUUGGGGCAUCUCCUUUCACCCCCCUCCAGACUGCGAGGGCUGUGUCCCAGCUGAAAUCUUCCUAGCGUGGGACCCUGAACGGUACUUACAUGCCACUGAAGCCCUUUGUUCAGAGUCAGGCUGGCCGGCAUGGAAGCGAGAGUGGGUCUGUGGUGUCUUAGGACGCUCUUGUUCGUCCCUGAAUGAGCGCACAGAGGCGUUGAAUCCACAGAGCUGCAAGCUUGCUCGUAAACAAGGAGGCGGCAUUGUAUAUGUAGGUCAGCUUCUUCCUCCCUGUAGCUUCCCGUGGCUUCUCUCCCUCCAGUCAUUCAUUCCUGAUGCCUGUGCGAGUGCUCGUAGGGUCCUGCCUGGGCUGAAGCCAGGCCGGGUUGUCAGAGGGCAUUUGAUGCUCUUCUUUUAAAAUCAGAUUAAGGAUAUGAGUUGCAUCGACCUAGAUGGUUCUGUUGCUGGAAUAACACGUUCAAAACCAAGAAGGGGGGAGGCACCCACAUUCCUCCUGGUUGUACUCUGCCUCCUAAACAAUUUGAAAACAUUGAUGAGUAACUGAUUCGAGUCAAAUUAGGAUUUUCUGAAAAAUGGUGUUUGGUCUCCUUGAUGCAUUUAUGUUAGAGGACGUCUAACAGGCUGGAAGAAAACCUCCCAGCUCCCUGCUGUGAGUGACCCCAGCAGCCUGGAGCAGACAGUGGGGUAGAAUCGUUAUACUCGUUCACCUCUCUGCAUGUCACACGUGCAGGGACCCCUGUGGCAGAGCAGAUGAGGGGAGAUGUACCCACCCGGAAGGGAGCACAUUCCCUCCUUGGCAUGGUGUUAUGGAGGCAGGUCCAGGAGCCCUGGUCCUUGUCCUGUCCCUGUUCACACUGGAUGGGGGCAGCUGCUUCACCUCCCUGAGCCCCAGGGACCCUAGACCAUCUCUAAAACCACUUCAUCUGUGCACACAUCUCCCAGACAUUCCCACGGCCUCGCGAGCUCGUGCGUGUAGAAGGGCUACGUCGAGGCCCCCCUCACCCGAGGGCCUUGGAGAGGGAGCUACUGCCUUAGGCUUUGCGGGUGAAGACCCUGAUCUUGCCCUUGCUCCGUGUCCCCUGGCUUCCCUUCGGCGUCUCCGCCCUCACCUGUGCCCUUGCUAUUGCAAGGCCGGUCGUGUGACUGGGCCAGGUGUACUGCUGGAGCGAGGCAGAUGCCCCCUCCUGUGCCCCGGGCAGAGCAUCGAGAGCUCCCGGGCAGAACGCCUUCCAGCCCGGCUUCCUCCUCCAGCUGCUGUCUUCAUGAAGCCGACCUCUCCGGUGCCGCUGUGCGCAUGAGAGUGCUCUUUGUCCCCGUGUGACUGGAGAUCGCUUUGCCAGCUCCGGGGAGAUAAUGCGUGUGUUCUUGUUUGUGUUUGCCAGGCAAGCAGAUGUCUGAGAUGUGAGAGGCUUCUCUUGUCCUGUGGCAUCGAUUCUGACUUAGAGCCCAAGUAAGGAGCACGGAAACACACUGAGCUGAAGGCGCCGUCAGGUCCUUGUCCUUUAGAGCGGACAGCAGAGCUCCGGGAGGCACUCCCCUGCAGCGCCCGCUCACAGUGUCAUCGGGAAUCACUUUCUUUGACCAGAAAGCCUUAACUAAACAUCCCCUGGUAUCACCACUCUACCGUGGCAUGAGAAUUCACACUCUCCUGCUGAGGAAGUUUGAAGUGUGAAGCCACAAGCAAAACCAGAGAAUCUCUUCCUGUGGCCUGUAUGCGUGUUAUGUCGGGCACCCCCACCCCUCAGCCAGGAGGGACCCGGAGCCUGCGAACCCUUCAUCUCUACACCUUUCUUCCUCGCGGCCUCACUUGCUCAGAGCCACUCUGGGUCACUUGGCUGCUGCCAACAGCUGAGAAAGUGGCCUGCCCGGGGCACGUAGAGGCCCCGCUAUGGAGAGAAAGGUUUGCUUCUACCUCUGUCAUCUAAGCAGAAGGAAGUACCCCCUCCUCGUAGAGUAGGAUUAGUUUUGCCAAAUUGCACUUGAGGCUGAGGGAGGGGAAGUGGCCCAGCCGGCAGAGGGACCAGAGUGCUCCCAGAGAACUGCUGCCGCCUCUUGCCUGUCGCUGCUGUCGCUGCCGCCGCAGCUGGGCACCCUCGGAGCAGGCGCGGGCCCAGCCCCAGCCUUCUCGGCUUCCAGGCAGCACACAGCUGCCCCCUUGGAAGAGUUAGCCCCUCACCCCGUGUUUUCUGAGUUGUUUUUCCUGGCAUGUGUGUGGGUAUCUCUAAUGAAUAAAAUGACAUUAAUUUCCAACUGGUAGAUUAAGCCUUUCAACUCAACUCCUUUGUAAAUUAGCAACGAAAUCGAUAUUCUACGUUCUCCCCUCCCUGGUCCCCAUAGCCAAGAAAAUCUAUUGCCAUAGUUGGGGGCAGUCCACUCACAGCACCUGCAGAAAUACCCUUCAUCUCAACGGGCAUUCUCCUUCCAGACCACCCACACUGAGCAGCCAGCUGUCCCCUAGGACGACUGCUGUCCGAGUGGGCGGGCCAGGUUCCUGGUGUAGAGGUAGGUCCGUCGGGUUUGGGUUUGGCCUCUAGUUUCCCUAAAGCACAAGUCCGUGUGGAACCCGUCACCUCUGCACACCAGUUCCAGGCGAGCUGGGCCUCCCGCUGCCUCAGGAAGACCUUCACUGUACCUGAGCUUCUGACUCCUGCCACUGCAGCUGCCUUAGUGACCCGGGGGGGAGGGGGAGCCCGCGGGCGUCUCCCCUUUCCUGCGUAGACUCCCGGCAGCCACGUCCUUCUCUGGCAGACCCGCUUCCAGACUGGUUUUUGAGAACCAUCACUUUCACAUUCCUGAUUUCCAUUUUGUUUCAUUUUGUUCGGGUUUUCUGAAACUUAACAUGCUGCCCCGAAAAUAAUGUAGUUCUGAGUUUGCGUUCCAAAAGCCUCCGUGCUGUGGAUGUGGGGGAGAAACACGGGGUCCUCCAGCACUGAGGUGUUUAAGACUUGCAACUAGCAAUGCAACUUUUCUAAACAUGAGGAUAUUUACCUUUAUUAAGAACUUAUAAACAGUGGUGUCCUUGAUCAUUUUAUGUUCCCUUAUUACUUUUGGUCCCAUUUUGAUUCUGUGUGGUGGUAAACAAAGAUCAUUACAAAUAAAAGCUGUAAUUUUGUUAUCUUUGAUCCAAUGGAAUUUCUUUACUUA